UGCUUCAUGAACUCCAUCCUGCAGUGCCUAAGCAACACCAAGGAGCUGCGGGAUUACUGCCUGCAGAACCAGUACCUGCGGGACCUCAACAACAACAGCCGCAUGCGCACCGCGCUCAUGUCAGAGUUUGCAAAGCUGAUUCAACUGCUCUGGACCUCAUCACCCAAUGAUAGCGUGAGCCCCUCUGAGUUCAAGACACAGAUCCAGAGAUACGCCCCUCGCUUCGUUGGCUACAAGUAAGGGGAUGCACAGGAGUUCCUGCGGUUCCUCCUCGAUGGGCUGCACAGCGAGGUGAACCGUGUGCUGGUGCGGCCGCGGGCCAGCACGGACACCCUGGACCACCUCCCUGAUGAUGAGAAGAGCCGCCAGAUGGCUGGGCUGGGCUGGGAGCAGGGCUGGGAAUUGGGGGUCUCACCCUGCUUUGUCACAUCCCCACCAGACCUCUUCGUUGGUCAGCUGAAGAGUUCGCUGACCUGCAGCGAGUGCGGCUACUGCUCCACAGCCUUUGACCCCUUCUGGGACCUGUCCCUGCCCAUCCCCAAGAAAGGCUACGGGGAGGUGACCCUCAUGGACUGCCUACGGCUCUUCACCAAAGAGGAUGUGCUGGACGGGGAUGAGAAACCGACAUGUUGUCGCUGCAAAGCCAGGACAAGGUGCACAAAGAAAUUCAGCAUCCAGAAGUUCCCCAAGAUCCUGGUGCUUCACCUGAAGCGCUUCUCAGAGGCCAGGAUACGAACAAGCAAGCUCACCACUUUUGUCAACUUCCAGCUGAAGGACCUGGACCUUCGGGAGUUUGCCUCACAGAGCUGCAACCACGCCGUUUACAACCUCUACGCUGUCUCCAACCACUCGGGCACCACCAUGGGGGGACACUACACUGCCUACUGCAAGAACACUGUCUCCGGAGAGGGGCACAGUUUCAACGACUCCCGGGUUACCCCCAUGUCAUCCAGCCACGUCCGCAGCAGUGAUGCCUACCUGCUCUUCUAUGAGCUGGCCAGCCCGUCCUCCCGCAUGUAG